AUGGCUACAAUGACAGAACAAGUGUCCAAGCUUUUGGAUUUUUCUCAAAAACUUGAUAUUACACUGUUAGAAAACAUUGUGGGUUGUAUGUAUACUGGCACUGGUGAUCAACAACGAGCUGCCCAAGAAGUAUUAACUACAUUGAAAGAGCAUCCUGAUGCAUGGACAAGAGUAGAUACUAUACUUGAAUUUUCAAAUAAUCAGCAAACAAAAUAUUUUGCUUUACAAAUAUUGGAACAAUUAAUUAAGACCAGAUGGAAAGUAUUACCUAGAAAUCAAUGUGAAGGCAUUAAGAAGUAUAUUGUUGCACUUAUCAUAAAAACAUCUUCAGAUCCUGCCACAAUGGAAAGAGAAAAAACUUAUUUAAACAAACUAAACAUUAUUCUCGUACAGGUAUUGAAACGCGAGUGGCCAAAAAACUGGGAAUCAUUUGUUGGGGAAAUUGUAGGAGCUAGCCGGACUAAUGAAAGUUUAUGCCAAAAUAACAUGGUUAUAUUAAAAUUGCUUAGCGAAGAAGUGUUUGAUUUUUCUGCUGGAAAUAUGACUCAAAUGAAAGCUAAACACUUAAAAGAUACUAUGUGUUCUGAAUUUGCACAGAUUUUUGAACUUUGUCAAUUUGUUCUAGGCUCUUCUCAAAAUGUGGCUUUAGUAAAUGCAACAUUAGAUACACUUCUUAGAUUCCUUAAUUGGAUACCACUUGGUUAUAUAUUUGAAACUGAUUUGAUUGAUACAUUGAUUUUUAAAUUCUUCAAUGUGCCUAUGUUUCGUAAUAUCACAUUGCAAUGUUUGACUGAAGUUGCUGCGGUGACUGUACCGAAUUAUGAUGCUGCGUUUGCAGGUCUUUUCUCCAAAACUAUGGCACAACUUGUACAGAUGUUACCCAUCCAUACAAAUAUUAAAGAAGCAUAUGCUUCAGGUCAAGACCAAGAACAAAAUUUUAUACAGAAUUUGGCAUUAUUUUUGUGUACAUUUCUCAAAGAGCAUGCUCUUUUAGUAGAAAAAAAUGGUUCUAAUGAAGAUUUAUUAAAAGCACUUCAUUAUUUGGUUAUGAUUUCGGAAGUUGAAGAAAUCGAAAUAUUCAAGAUUUGUUUAGAAUAUUGGAAUAGUUUGGCUGCUAGUUUGUACAGAGAAAAUCCAUUCGGACAACUGCAAAUAGUUGGCCUUUUCUCACUUUCUCCAACUAGCAGGCCGGAUGGUAACACUAUAUCCCCUAGACGUCAAUUUUAUGCACCAGUUAUAUCUCAAAUGCGGUAUAUAAUGAUCAGUCGUAUGGCUAAACCAGAAGAAGUUUUAGUAGUUGAAAAUGAAAACGGAGAAGUAGUUAGAGAGUUUAUGAAAGAUACAGAUGCUAUUAGUUUGUACAAAAGUAUGAGAGAAACACUUGUUUAUUUAACUCAUUUGGACUGUGUAGACACUGAACGAAUUAUGACGGAAAAGUUGCAUAAUCAAGUCAAUGGAAAUGAGUGGUCUUGGAAAAAUUUAAAUACUUUAUGUUGGGCGAUUGGUAGUAUUUCUGGAGCAAUGCAUGAAGAAGAUGAAAAAAGAUUUUUAGUCACAGCUAUUAAAGACUUAUUAGGAUUAUGUGAACAAAAAAAAGGCAAAGAUAAUAAGGCAAUUAUCGCUUCUAAUAUUAUGUAUGUGGUUGGACAGUACCCAAGAUUUUUACGAGCUCAUUGGAAAUUUUUGAAAACUGUUGUCAACAAAUUAUUUGAAUUCAUGCAUGAAACUCAUGAUGGUGUUCAAGAUAUGGCAUGUGAUACUUUUAUCAAAAUUGCAAUGAAAUGUAGAAGGUACUUUGUUCAAGUUCAAGUUGGAGAAGCUAUGCCAUUUAUUGAGGAAAUUCUUAAUUCAAUGGCAACAAUUAUCAGUGACUUGCAGCCACAACAAGUGCAUACCUUCUAUGAAGCUGUUGGUAUUAUGAUUAGUGCUCAAGUGAAUUCUAAGAUCCAAGAACAACUAAUUGAUAAAUAUAUGCUGUUGCCAAACUUAAUUUGGGAUGAUUGUAUCAGUCAAGCUUCAAAAGAUGUUGAAAUAUUAAAAGAACCAGAGUUUGUCAAACAAUUGGGUAAUAUUUUAAAAACUAAUGCUAGAGCAUGUAAAUCUCUAGGACAUCAAUAUGUUGUCCAAUUGGGUAGAAUAUACUUGGAUAUGUUGAAUAUUUAUAAUGUAAUGAGUGCAAAUAUUACUGAUGCCAUAGCGACUAAUGGAGAUAGUGUUACAAAACAACCAUUGAUUAAGAAUAUGAGAGUUAUUAAAAAAGAAACAUUACGCUUGAUAUCAGAUUGGAUUUCUAGAUCUAGUGAUAAUGCAAUGGUAUUAGAAAAUUUUAUUCCUCCGCUUUUGGAAACAGUAUUGGCUGAUUACAGCAAGACUAUGCAUCCAUCCGCUCGUGAACCAGAAGUUCUUAGUGCUAUGGCAACAAUAAUUGACAAACUACAAUCUGACAUAACCCCGGCAGUAUCUAAAAUUUUAGAUGCUGUGUUUGAGGCCACGCUUACAAUGAUAAAUAAGGAUUUUGAGCAAUUCCCUGAACACAGAACAAAUUUCUACCUCCUUUUACAAGCAAUAAAUAAUCAUUGUUUUGUUUCAUUCCUGUCCAUACCAGCUCCUCAGUUUAAAUUGGUUUUGGAUUCAAUAUUUUGGGCUUUUAAACAUACCAUGCGUAAUGUUGCUGAUACUGGAUUAUUGAUAUUGUACAAAUUAUUGCAGAAUGUUCAACAGCAUAAACAAGCAGCCCAGAGUUUCUAUGUAUCAUACUUUACUGAUAUCUUACAACAUGUUUUUUCUGUUGCCACUGAUACAUCUCAUACCGCAAGUUUAUUAAUGCAUGCACAAAUCUUAUCAUACAUGUUCAAAUUAGUGGAGAGCGAUAGGAUUGAAGUUUUGUUAAGUGCUCCAGGUGCACCUCCUGAUGGUGAAGUCACAGAUAAAAAUGUGGCCUAUGUUCGUGAUUUUGUAGCAUCACUGCUAAAGACAGCUUUCCCUCAUUUGGCUGAUGCACAAAUUGCUCUUACUGUACAAGGCAUGUUUAAUUUGAAUCAUGACCUAACAGCUUUUAAAGAUCAUCUUCGUGAUUUCCUUGUUCAGAUCAGAGAAUUUACCGGUGAAGAUAUAUCUGACUUAUACCUUGAAGAAAGAGAACAAGCUUUGAGGGCGGCUCAAGAAGAAAAACGCGAAGUACAGAAGACUGUGCCUGGCAUAUUAAACCCACAUGAAAUCACUGAUGAUAUGCAGGACUAA